AUGUGGCUUGUACUAUUCUCGACUGUGCUUGCUUGGCAGGCGCCGCGCCGCGUGCACUCGACGCAGGAUGAGCUGCUGUGGACCAAGCAGGCCUGGGCAGAGUACACCCUGGAGGUCCCAUGGCCAGCUUUCACCGAGCAGGCGGAACGCAUCAAGGCCAAGGGACUCACCAGUCUUGAGGGGCCGUAUCACACCCUCCCUGACAUGAUAGAGGAUGCCAAGAAACGGGCUGUACCCCUGCACCCAGAGACGCUGUUCCUUGCUCAGGUCCACAAGGUGGAGGACAGGGGGACAGCCCUGUCUGCGCUUUCCUGCCAGACCUGCCAGCAGCUCAUGCUCCACGUCUGGGACGCCUUGGUUCCCUGGGUCAACGCGCACGGCUCCCUGCCGCCCGGGCAGGCCGUCACCCAGUAUGCCUGGGACUUGUGUGCGCAUGAGGUCCCGGUCAGCGUGCUGAAGUCCUGGUCCCUGUUCCAGACCCGCGUCAAGCGUACGCUUGCCUGGAAGCAGCAGCAGCGCGAGGGGGGAGGGGGCCGAGGGGUCUGA